CAGCUCCUGACCAACAUCGAGCAUGGCCCCUAAGUCUUCCCAGGAGUCUGAAGAUAAGCAGGUAUCCCCAGCUCCAGCAGGUGUACAGCCAGACAGCAGUGACUUAGGGUCUCCGGUUGGCACACCCGUGGACAGAGCGGCUCCUUCCGGUUCUCAGAGCACUAAGCUCUAUACAUGUACACCGAUGGGCUGCUCCGUCAAGCAGCAGUUAGCCCCUGAAACCCUGGACCCACGUACCCUGAGGCUGUUAUGGGAACAGAGAGAACUAGAGAUCCAGGCACUUCGGUGGGCUGUUCAGAAUGGCCAGAAUGCCCGAUACUACUACAUCUUGCAGGAGGUGGCAGGGAUUCCCUCUGAGCGGAACUCCAAAAGACAAGACAAAUUCCUGCAGAACCAGGUCCAGAAGCUUACCCAGGAGCUGAAAACACAGAAGGAACAAGCUCAGCAGGAGAAACAGCAGUUAGAGGAGAAACUGCAGCAGAACCUCUGUGCAAUGCAGCAGCUCGAGACUGAGCUUCAGACCUUUCAAAAAUCAUGCCUUCUACAGCUAGCCCGUUCCUCUUGGGUGGGGCGCAUGCUGAGGUCUCAGACUGGCAGUGUGGAGGUGGUCACUGCAGAGGUUCUAAGGGAGCCCAGUGACUCUUCUGAGUAUGCUGAAGUUCCCGCGGCUGGGGAGGGUUUCCGGUUGGAGGAUGUAGAUUGGAACAGCAUUGCCCACCGAUAUCCCAACCUCUUCUCCAACAUGAGUUUCCAUUUGGAUCAAAAGCUGUCCCAGCCCCCGGCCUCUGAAGUGGAUGCCUGGGACUCGGAGGAUGCCAUCAAGCACAAAGAGAAGCCUGCCAAGAUCCUGGAGUGGAGCACCUUGCCUUUGGUAGACACCAGUAGCCUGGAAAGUACCGAGUCUGACAUCAGCAGCUGCCAGAUGGUUCUGCAUUCUGAGGCAAAGAAGAUGACUGGCCAGCCACCCCAGGGAACAAAUUUAGCUUCUGAGCAGAUGCAGGAAUGCACUAGGAGCUUCAACGGAUACACAGAAGAUCUCCAUAAAAGCCGCUCACCCUCGUAUAGCAAGACUGUUUUGGAAUCCUAUACAGACCUUCACCACCCAUAUACAAGACCCCAGUUGAACCCAUUUGGCUGCUGCUUGAAGAUUGCUGCCGUCAGCCACCGAGAGAAGUUCAUCCGCAUCAUCAACCAGUCACAGGCAGAGACGAUUGACCUGGGUGGCUUUGUUCUGCAGCAGCUUGUGAGGGAUUUCCCUGUGUGCAUAUACCGCUUCCCACCUGGUACUCUGCUAGCCCCGCAGCACCACAUCACGGUAUGGGGCGAAGGUACCAGCAGGACCAAGAAGCAGCUGCCAGUGUCCUCAGGCCAGGACCCCUUCCAAUUCCAAUCUAGCCGAGGCUGUGUGACAGUGCUAGUCAACCCCCAGGGCCAGGUCCUCAGUGAACAUCAAACUGCACCCUGCGUGACUCUGGGCUCAAAGAUCUUCACCGACAACACUGACUGGUCCAUUGACCGCUUCCCACUCUCAGAGUCUGAGCCCAAUAUUGACCCCGGUGAACAGCAGUGUCGACCUUCAUCACCACAGAAGGGUCGGAAAAAGGAUAAUGGGGCCAAGCGCAAGAAGCCAGGGCCAGGUGUUCGUCAGCAAAGGCUCUCCAGCACUAGCGGACUGAAGGCCUCACGACCUCUUCGCCCCACAGAGACCCGGGAUAUCUUGCCACUCCUAAGUACCCGAAAGCUUCUUCCCCCUGGGGAAGUUCUUCCACAGCAGGAAGGUGUGAAGACUGAGACAUCAGAGCUCCUGCCCGUGAUCCCAGAGUGUCCCUCAAGAAUCUGUCUUGUUGAGGACUCACUGGGUAGGCAGGAGCGCAAGGUCCAGGUAUGCCGGAAAAGCGUGGACCUGAGUUGCCCCAUGGUAGCCCUGUCAGUACAGAACACAGCUGAAAGCAGAUAUGGCUUCCGCUUCCUCUGCUACCCUCCCAUCACUGAGGAAUUGUGUCGGCGGUUGUAGGUCAGCCAGGCCAGGCAGGCAGUGCCAGCUUCAUAAUUUAUUGAACCAACCAUUGCUUACAAAGUAAAGCACAUUUCUGCAUA